AUGGGCCAGUCAUUGGACACCCAAAGCGGCAAACCCAUGGUUAUUAACAUUUCCAGAACAGUCGCAGGAGCUUGCAAAAAACCAGGCUUCAAAUUCACCUUUUUUAUUGGCUAUGGCACUCUGAAUCAUCACUGUGCUCAAGCAGCUUGCGCCAACAAGAUGGCUCCAUCUAAUUUCGCUGCUGCUAUGAGUGGCAUCAAGGAUGCUGAUGAUGAUGCCGGGACUGGUUGA